AUGGACCUGAGCGCGGCCGCCGCGCUGUGCCUGUGGCUUCUGAGCGCCUGCCGCCCCCGCGACGGGCUCGAAGCAGCCGCGGUGCUGCGGGCAGCGGGGGCAGGGCCGGCCGGGAGUCCGGGGGGCGGCGGCGGCGGCGGCGGGAGGACCCUGGCCGCGGCGGCGGGCGCCUCUGCCGUCCCAGCCGCCGCGGCUCCCGGGGCCCGCGCUUCGCGCCGCGCCACCGGCUCCGGCUUCAGGAACGGAUCGGUGGUGCCGCACCAGUUCAUGAUGUCGCUUUACCGAAGCCUGGCCGGGAGGGCUCCGGCCGGAGCAGCCGCCGCCUCCACCUCGGGCUCUGGCCGCCACGGCCGCGCGGACACCAUCACCGGCUUCGCAGACCAGGCGACCCAAGACGAAUCGGCAGCGGAGACCGGCCAGAGCUUCCUAUUCGACGUGUCCAGCCUCUCCGAUGCCGACGAGGUGCUAGGCGCAGAGCUGCGCGUGCUGCGCCGCGCGUCCUCGGAGCCCGAACCUGGCAGCGCGGUUCCUCCCCCGCUGCUGCUGUUGUCCACGUGCCCCGAUGCCGCCCGCGCGCAGAGCCUGCUGCACUCUCGGUCCGCCGAGCCUCUCAACGGGGCGCGCUGGGAGGUGUUCGACGUGGCGGACGCCGUCCGGCGCCACCGACGGGAGCCGCGCGCCACCCGCAUGUUCUGCUUGCUGCUGCGCGCAGUGGCGGGCCCCGCGCGGAGGCCGCUGGCACUGAGGUGGCUGGGCUUCGGCUCUCGGGGCGGCGGCGGCGGCGCAGAGACGGAGGAUCGCGCGCUGCUGGUCGUCUCCUCCCGAACGCAGAGGAAGGAGAGCCUGUUCCGGGAGAUCCGCGCCCAGGCCCGCGCGCUCGGGGCUGCGCUGGCCGCGGAGCAGCCGCCCGAUCCCGGACCCAACACCGGGGCCCCGACUGCUGUCAUCGGCGGUCGCAGAAGGCGGCGGACCGCGCUGGCCGGGGCUCGGGCCUCGCAGGGCGGCAGCGGCGGCGGCGCAGGCCGGGGCCACGGGCGCAGGGCCGGGAGCCGCUGCAGCCGCAAGCCGCUGCACGUGGACUUUAAGGAGCUGGGCUGGGACGACUGGAUCAUCGCCCCGCUGGACUAUCAGGCCUACCACUGCGAGGGCGUGUGCGACUUCCCGCUGCGCUCGCACCUCGAGCCCACCAACCACGCCAUCAUCCAGACGCUGCUCAACUCCAUGGCGCCCGAGGCGGCGCCCGCCUCCUGCUGCGUGCCCGCGCGCCUCAGCCCCAUCAGCAUCCUCUACAUCGACGCUGCCAACAACGUGGUCUACAAGCAGUACGAGGACAUGGUGGUGGAGGCGUGCGGCUGCAGGUAGCGAGCGUGCGGGGCCAGGGAGGGGCAGCCGCGCCGAGGACCCUCUGCUGAACAGCAGCUGCGGGCCAGGCCUGUCACCGAGCGUGGGGGCAGGUCAGACUCUGGCCCCGCGCCCGUGUGGAGGAGAGAGAGCGCACGCUCGCACUCACACCUACUCUCACACCCACACACUCGUUCGCCCAUGCACACAUUUACCGUGACUGCACCCAAAGCCCCGGGUAGAGACGACCUGACGCCACGGAAUGUCACCGCCGUGCGCCCUCUGCAGACAGACGGCCGUUGCGCCCACUGCCUCCUUUAGGGGGGGACGAUGGUGUUUGUGUUCAUGUGAAAAUAGCAGACACUACAUCCUGUAGGAACAGGGCAGGGCGCUGCGGGCUCCAGAAAGGGUGAACUAAAGGGGCACUUGCUUACGUUUCAUCUCAGCCCUUUAUGUUUCUGAGUGUGGGGCACGGGGGCUGGGGGGCUGCGUUCUGGGCGUUGCAUCCGCGGACGGACAGGCGGGGGCCUUUGCGCAAGGUUUGCGGCGCCGGGAGGCCAUUCGUUCCGGGAAGGAGCCGCUGCAAAGGCCUCAUCUGUUUUCUUUGACUUUAAACACGGACCGAGCCCCUCAGUUUUGGAAGGGUUUGUCUGAGAGAGCACCUUGUGGAGCCUCCCAGAUCUCUGCGAAGGUCAGCACCGUUCUUUAAAAAAAAAAAAAUCAUUUCUUAUUGGGAAUGAUCUAGGAAGCAGAAAAAAAUAUUUUCCUUUGAGAGGGGGAGUGAAAUUGGGAAGGGGUUUUAACCCACAAGGCCGGUCUGACAUGAAGCUGGGGUGGGUGCACCUGCCAGGUUCUGCCAAGCCCCUUGGCUGGGGUCCCUCAGGACGAAGCGAGUGCGGAGUCUGGAGCGGGAAAGCUAUGGCUCUUCCUGGAGACCUGCCGGACGUUUUCCUAGGCAGCUGCCAGGGAGGCUCCUAGGGCUGGAAAGAGGCAGCGGGGCGUCCUG